AUGGCAAAAACAAUCAAAGUAAUUGGUUGCGUAAUGGCAGUCGUGACACUAGGACUACUGUUCCUGGGGCCUCAACUGCUGCAGCUGCCGAGGGGCAAGCCAAGUGACAUUCACAUUAAUGUGACGCAUGAAUUAAAUAAAUUGACGUUGCCGCCUGCAACAAAUUUGAACAGUUUUCAGCAACAACAAGAAGAGAAAGAACAUGAAUUGCUGGUGCGACUGCAUCGCCACAAACGCUAUCUACUCUUUCCCGAGGGCAGCUCAUUUCAACUGGUCUUCGACUUAAUCAUACCCAUCGUGGACUACACGAAUUUCGCCAUCAUGGGCAUCACAUGCGCCGUGGCCUGGGAGUUGCCCAGUAAGCCGGCCAGCGAACUGAUUGAAAAUGUGCGCACACGUCUGAACGACGGGACUCUGGGCGUAGUGCGACGCAAUGACAGUGUGGCGGCUCCGCCAAAGGAUGCCUACUAUCGACCGCCUGCUAAUUGGCAUGCGUUGCACGCGCAGUCAAAUCAACAGACAAAGGCGACGCCAUCUCCGCCCCCGCCACCAAAGUCCCCUCCAUUGCCCACUGGCCACCACUAUACAAAUGGUUGGCGCGACGCUGCCACUUCCGCUUAUGCAAAUGCAAAUGCACAGCGGCCAUGGCAAACGGAGGCUGGUGCCACCGACAUUGGCAUGGGCCCGGCUAAUUGGCAUGCGCGACAGCCUAACAAUUGGUGGGAGCGCAAUAAAGCGCGUAUCGAAGAAAAUUGGCGUGAUAAGCAACGCCUGUGGAGCACCUAUGAACCAUCGUCGCGCAAUAAUUAUUACACCCCUGGACGUACUGGACGUCAAAGAAAACUGCUGCAAGCUCCUCCUACUCAUCGCGUUUAUCCUGUGUUUGGCAAACGAAGAAGACGACGCCGGAGCUUGGAUACAGAUGCUGCUUUCGAUCGCAUUCAUUUAAAGAUGCAUUUGACCUCGCGGGAAAUGCUUUUCCGAAAGAUUGAAAGGUUAUAUACGGCUCAAAAACUAAAUGGCACUGCCUGCGUGCUUCGUGCACUUUGCGAAUCGAGAGAAAGGCUUAAGGGGACAGCGCAACCACAAAGUUUUAUAAUGGAGUUACUAUCUGCAAUAUUUCAGUUGCCAACGCGUGCUAACAAUAAUACUGAUGGGACGGAAAAGUACAUUUCAUUGCAUUACCUGGAGACCCACGCGCAAGGUGGAGACUGUGCACAAUUGUACAGUGAUUGCAGUCACACCUUCUGGUUGGAUUAA